AUGUGUGCUCACAACAGAUUGGCUUUAUUCAAUUCCCAUUUUCUCCAACUCUUUCUUUUUCUCUGUCAUUACUUCGAAAUAUCCCUUCUGCUACCCACGCUGCACAAUUUAUUUAAAAAAAAAACAUUUAUACAAUCAUUUUAUUUACUAUCUUUAUUUAUAAAUAUCUAUCUACCUACCUACCUAUUAAUCACAAUCCAUUCAUUUUUAUCUAUCAAUCACAAUCCAUUCAAACUUUGUCUAUCACAAACCAUUCACAUAUCUAUCUAUCUAUCUAUCUAUCUAUCUAUCUAUCUAUCUAUCUAUCUAUCUAUCUAUAUCCUUUUAUUUACUAUCUGUCUAUCUUUCUAUCUACCGUCCAUUAUCGUGAAUGGGGAAGUUGGGUUAUCUCAUCACAACACUAUCUAUCCCUCUCGUUUCAUCUAUCUAUCUAUCUAUCUAUCUAUUUAUCUAUCUAUCUAUCUAUCUAUCUAUCUAACUAUCUAUCUAUCUAUCUAUCUCACUCUUUUUAUUUACUAUCUCCCUCUUUUUAAUUACUGUCUCACUCCUCUGAUUUACUAUCUUUCUUUCUCACUCCCCUCAUUUACUCUCUAUCUCUCUCACUCCUCUCAUUUACUCUCCAUCAAACUCCCUUUAUUUUCUCUAUCUAUUGCACUCCUCUUAUUUACUCUCUAUCAAAUUCCUUUUAUUUACUCUCUAUCUAUCAAUAUCCUCUUAUUUACUCUAUCAAACUCGUCUUAUUUACUCUCUAUCUACCUCACUCCUCUUAUUUACUCUCUAUCAAAUUCCUCUUAUUUACUCUCUAUCUCAAAUUACUCUUAUUUACUCUCUAUCUAUCUCCUCCUCUUCUUUAUCUAUCUAUCUCACCCUCUUAUUUACUCUCUAUAUAACUCACCCUCUUAUUUACUCUCUAUCUACCUCACCUCACUAUCUAUCUAUUUAUUUACUCUCUAUCUACCUCACCCCUCUUAUUUGCUCUCUAUCUACCUCACCCCUCUUAUUUAUUUCUAUCUAUCUCUCCUCUUAUUUAUCUCAUCUACCUCCUCUUAUUUUCUCUAUUUCACCCCUCUUAUUUAUCUAUCUACCUCCCCCCUCUUAUUUUAUCUAACUCUCUUAUUUACCUAUCUACCUCCUCCUCUUAUUUACUUUCUAUCUACCUCACCCUCUUAUUUACUCUCUAUCUAUUUACCUAUCACCCUCUUAUUUACUCUAUCUAUCUAUCUUAUUUCUCUCUAUCUUACUCUCUCCCUCUUAUUUACCUCUAUCUAUCUCACCCCUCUUAUUUCUUAUCUACCUCACUCCUCUUAUUUACUCUCUAUCUACCUCACCCCUCUUAUUUAUCUACCUCACUCCUCAUCUAUCUACCUCACCCCUCUUAUUUACUCUCUAUCUACCUCACCUCUUAUUUAUUUACUCUCUAUCUACCUCACUCCUCUUAUUUACUCUCAUCUAUCUUAUUUACUCUCUAUCUACCCCUCUUAUUUACUCUCUAUCUAUCUUACCCUCUUAUUUACCUCCUCUCUCUUAUCUACCUCACCCUCUUAUUUACUCUCUAUCUACCUCACCCUCUUAUCUUAUUUAAUCUCUAUCUAUCUUACCUAUCUACCUCACCCCUCUUAUUUAAUCUAUCUAUCUACCCUCUUAUUCACUCUCUAUUAUUCUUAUUUACUCUCUAUCUACCUCACCCUCUUAUUUACUCUCUAUCUACCUCACCCCUCUUAUUUACUCUCUAUCUACCUCACCCCUCUUAUUUACUCUCUAUCUACCUCACCCCUCUUAUUUACUCUCUAUCUAUCUCACCCCUCUUAUUUACUCUCUAUCUACCUCACUCCUCUUAUUUACUCUCUAUCUACCUCACCCCUCUUAUUUACUCUCUAUCUAACUCACUCCUCUUAUUUACUCUCUAUCUACCUCCCUCUUAUUUACUCUCUAUCUACCUCAUCCCUCUUAUUUACUCUCUAUACCUCAACCUCUUACCUCUUAUUUACUCUUAUUUAUCUAUCUACCUCCCCCUCUUAUUUACUCUCUAUCUACCUCACCCCUCUUAUUUACUCUCUAUCUAACUCACUCCUCUUAUUUACUCUCUAUCUACCUCACCCCUCUUAUUUACUCUCUAUCUACCUCACUCCUCUUAUUUACUCUCUAUCUACCUCACCCCUCUUAUUUACUCUCUAUCUACCUCACCCCUCUUAUUUACUCUCAUCUAUCUCCUCUUAUUUACUCUCUAUCUACCUCACUCCCUCUUAUUUACUCUCUAUCUACCUCACCCCUCUUAUUUAA